AUGACCUCGACCUGCCUGCCUGCCAUGUCGCCUAUCCCUGCUCCUCGCACCGAGCCGAGCCGUGCCCCAUGCGUGCCAUCCUCACUUAAGCCAUAGAGCCAAUCUCAUCGAGACGUUGCCAUUGUAUUGCACAUGCGUGUGUGCGUCGCAUUGUGUGACUGUGUGUGUGUGUGUGUGUGCUCUUCCCUUUUGGCGCACAGUCACACAGACCUCAUUUCCUCUUUGGCGCGACAUUGCGUUACACUUACGGACACGGAGCAACCACCGCAUCAACCACCACCACCACCCAUGCCAGCAGCCGGUGUUCUUCCCGCUCGGUUGUGUGUUAUGCUAUGUUGGGUUGUUGGUUGGUGCAUCGUGAGAAAGUUUACUUGAGGCAUUCCCACAAGUAUUGGGAUUGUGCCGCGCUCCUUCGGGUCGAGUCGAGUCUUCUCGGUCAGCUGUGACACUUGUUUGGCGCAUUUUGCGAGAUUGGGUUCUGGGUUCUCGUAUUGA